CGCCGCAGCCCGCAGAGCGGCCCGAUCGCAGCCAAGUGCUAAUUCCGGGGGCCAACUGUGCACUUCAUUAGAACCAAAGUGUAUUAGCAGUGUAAAUGCCAACAGUAAUUCGCGACGCAGUGAGGUCUUGGCAACUGACGGCCGCAUCUCUUCAGUGUUACCGUCAGUAUUGCUGUAAUGUCACUGCACUGCACGACCCUGUGGGGAUUUUGCAUGUGCGUUUGUGUCCACAUCGAGAUUCCCCUCCAAGCAAGAAGUAAAAGCUGCAAGCUGACCAUCGCAUACAAGGCUAAACGGAAAUAAGAAAGCAAAGAGAAAUUUGCUGAUUGAAUGAGCUUACGGGGUGAACAGGCAGCGGACUGUUAGCGGUAGUGAAGAAGACAGAGAGAAGGGGAAUCGCAUCGCGGAAUGUAACAAAUGAACCCAACGUAACCAUGCUGAAUCGGCUGAAACAGUUGGGAUAUGGAUACAAGUUACAGGACGCGACUCAUCUUCUUGAGGGGGAUCUCGUGCUGGUGGAGCAGAGGGUGGAGCCAGCCCGGAGAGCCGCUCAGGUCAUUCAUAAAAAGCUGGUGACAUGCCUGCAGAGUCAACAGGGCUUGGACAGCGAGAGGCGCAUGAAAAAACUGCCCCUAAUGAUGCUCUCAGUCAGCAUGGCAGACAGCUUCAAAGACUUUGACGCAGAUUCUUCCAUUAGGAAGGUGCUGGAGAUGUGUUGCUUCAUGCAGAGUUUCCUAGCGAAGACACUGGCAGACUAUGAGGUGCAGCUGGAGAAGGAAGUUUUGGAGCCACUCAAUAAGCUCAGUGAGGAAGAUCUCCCAGAAAUCCUGAGGAAUAAGAAACAGUUUGCCAAGCUGAUGAUGGACUGGCAUAAUGCACGCAACAGAGCACAGGCCAGCACGGGGGCGCAGGCCAAGCAGGAUGGACUGCGCGAGGAGGUGGAGGAGGCCUGGAGGAGGCUGGAAAGCAUGAAGAACCAGUACUCUGCAGAUCUGUAUCACUUUGCUUCGAAAGAAGAUGACUAUGCCAACUACUUCAUUCGUCUUUUAGAACUUCAGGUUGGAUUCCACAAGACGUCCCUAGAGUUUCUGCAGACGAAUUUGUCCGAGCUGAAAAACAACUACAGGAAUGCAGACACUCACAUGGACAGUCCUUCGGGGAAGGUCUACGGGGUGCCUCUGAUGUCUCACCUGCUGGAAAGUGGGAGGGAGAUCGCCAUGCCCAUCGAGGAGUGCGUCCACAUGCUACUGAACAAUGCCUUGAGGGAGGAGGGUCUGUUCAGGCUAGCAGCUGCUGCUACAGUGGUGAAGCAACUGAAGAAGAGUCUGGAUUGUGGUGACGUUGACCACAGCAAGUUUGCCGCUGACCCGCACGCAGUGGCAGGCGCGCUGAAAUCAUACCUCAGAGAGCUGCCCGAGCCCCUCAUGACCUUUGAACUGUACAGCGAGUGGUUCAAAGCUGCAGGAGAGAAGGAGGUGCAGGGGAAGUUGGAGCGGCUGAAGGCAGUGCUGCAAAAAUUGCCCCAAGAAAACUACAACAACCUCCGGUACCUGGUCCAGUUCCUGGCCCGGUUGUCGGAGCAGCAGACCAUGAACCUCAUGACCCCCAGCAACAUAGCCAUCGUGCUCGGACCCAAUUUGCUUUGGCCGAGGACUGAGGGCGGCGAGUCCCUGCUAGACAUGGCGUCUGCUUCCUCAGUGCAGGUCGUCACUGUGGUUGAGCCCCUCAUACAGUACGCCCAGAGUCUCUUUCCGGAAGCUGAAGACUUUGAGAUUCCAGAGCUCCCAGCAAUCCCAGAUGUAGCAGAGAAUCAAUCCCACCUGCCCCAGUCUGGGGCCGAGGACUCUGUCCCUGCCACCAGCCCCUGCUCGCCACCUGCUGACGCAGACAGCUUCAUGGGGACUGUCAAGUCAACCCUUUUCAAGACGGCGUCAUGGGCCAACUGCAGUGCUUCGUGGGAGGAUCCGUCCUCUGAGCUGUGCAGACAGAGCCACAGCCAGAAUCCCACAUCCAAUCAGGAUCAGCCCCAAAGUCCACCAUCCAGUCAGAUCCUGACCCAAACGUCCAAUGAGGUCCUGAGAAGGAAGCCCAGCCUAAGGGAGUCUGCCAUGAAACAACCUACCCAUAUGUCUAGGAAGUUCAGUGCUCCAUGCACUGCCCAGUCUGCUGUCAGCAGACAUCGGCCCAACUCAAAGCAGCAGCAGCCGUCGGCCAAGUCCCAGAUUUGGCCGAAAAAGAAGCCCAAGGGACCCCCGAGCUACCCGCCCCCCCAGCCCCCUCCAUCACCCAAUCAGCAGCUCCCGACCGUGACUCAGCACAUGUGAGCCGCCAUGACACUUUACCGCAGAGGCGUCUGUGUUGGAUGCGUCCAGAUCGUGGUUGACACGUACACAGGUCGUACUGGGACCCCCCUGCGCAGGCCGUACUGGGACCCCCCCUGCUCCCAGGAGGCCGGCCACCGCCCAGCAGUGACCCGAACGCAGACUGUCCAAGUUCUUUAACCAGUAGUCGCAACCUUGUAUAUAUUUAGCUAUUUUGCUAACCGCUAACAUCAAAAUAAGCGGUUUUGUUGACAUUCAGUCCUUCCACCCCCCAAGUCUGGUCUAAACCAGUCCUUUUUUAUACCAGACUGCAAUGUUUGUUCUGGAUUCUGCAGAGCGCUUAAAUAAUAAUGAGAGAGAAAGAGAGGGAAGACAUUUCCUGUGAGAUACAUGUCUACAUGUAUUAAAUGCAUCCAUUUAUUACA